AUGGUCAUUGACGGGCAGUCGAGGGCUCUGACAGGUCCAACCGCCCAUGGAUACGCUCGUGCACCUUCUUACGUUAGAAUUGCCAGACCAGACCUUGGUGCAGCCGGUCAGGGUGCUUCCAGCGGUACACCUGCAGCAGCUUGGUCGGGUGCUCCUAAGAGGCUGGCGAGUCUUCCUUGCGCGUGUGUCGAUGUGCUGGGCCUCCGUGGAGCAUUCCAAACACUGUUUCUCUCUGCCCUUCCAGACGGCCUGUUGAAGGGGAUUGUUAGCCAGCUCUUCUGCCAGCUCGGUUACUACCUGCGCCUGACGCCGGGGGGGAGACUGGAUGGGACCGAGGAUGAGAUGAGUUUGUACGCACUCUUCAAUCUCAUUCCUGUGGGUCUGCGGGUGGUGGCAAUCCAGGGAGUGAAGACUGGCCUCUACAUCGCCAUGAACUGCAACGGAUACCUCUACACAUCGGAACACUUCACCCCCGAGUGCAAGUUCAAGGAGUGCGUUUUCGAGAACUACUACGUGACCUACUCCUCGGUGCUGUACCGGCAGCAGGGCUCCGGGCGCUCCUGGUACCUCGGCAUUGACAAGGACGGCCAGACCAUGAAGGGGAACCGGGUGAAGAAGACCAAGAGGGCGGCACAUUUCCUGCCCAAGCUCGUCGAAGCUGCCCUCUACCAGGAGCCCUCCCUCCACGAGCUGAGCGAGGACCAGCCGGAGGCAAAGAAGGGAGCCAAGACAGCGGCCAUGAACGGCGGGAAGGGGGCCAAACUGAAGACGGAGGCGUAG